AUGACAUUCACAUCCAGCAACGCAGCCAGCAAUGUUGCUGGCCCCAGCCGUCUGCCCGCUUCCCCUAGAAACACCUUCUACCCGGCCUGGCCCCAGACGCACGACGAGGCAGAGUACUUUGAAGUACCACCCGACCAUUUCCUGGCUCAACAGCGAGGGUCCAACAAGGCUCGUCAACCAAGCUCAUCAGAACAUGCCUCUGGACGACGUUCAUCUGUCGCAUCCUUCACGUCUGCCUCUUCCACCAACAGCGAAGCUUUUAUGCCAAUCGCUGGCCUCACCAGUGUUACCAACAACUCCGACGCUGCUGCGCUCUCUACAUCGCCUUCGCAAGCGCUCUCAGAGCUAGCCACCGCCGUACGCUUCGGCGUUCCCGCUCUGCCCUCUUCGCUCGGUCAAGUCAACCAUCCGCUAGACCGCCUCACCGAUGCAGUUCCGCGUCCAGCUGGCUUCUCCACCGUCGACGAACACAUCCCCGACACUUCCACCCUGGCUGCAGCCGAUUUCGACGUAGACGUUCGCUCCGGCUUCUUGCCACCCGAGUCUCCAGUUCGCCGCCUUGGCGGUCUGCAUGCCGACCACUGGGAGCAUGCGCUCGACCUUGCCAAACAGAUUCCGCUCAUGCAAGGCGGCGGUGGCGCAACAAUCACUCCUCAUCAGCGACUUCUUGCUCGACGCUGGCGCAGAUCGCUGCGUCAGAUGCCCGUGCUGCCUCUUUCCGACGAGCUUGCCAACGACAUUCGCUAUGCUCGUCGAGGCCAUGUCGUCCUCUCCUUCCUCGCCCACUUUUACAUCCACAGCCAGCCACGCAAAGCCAACGAUGCACUUGCCCUUGCUCCAUCCCGCACUUGGCUCAACAUGUUCUCUCGCAGGACAGCCGACGAGCUGCAAGACGACCAGGAUCUCGCAGAUGAGCUCGCUGGCAAGUACUUGCGACGCGUUCCCGCUGCCAUCGCAGUGCCAUGGGUGCAGCUCUCCCAGAAGCUCGACCUGCCUCCUGUCCUCACCUACGCAACCACCGUUCUUUGGAACUGGGACUACGUCGACCCUUCACGCGGUCUCGAAUCGGACAAUCUUCGCAUCGUCGAGACUUUUACCGCGACACCAUCAGAGCACCACUUUUUCUACACUUCGCUUCUCAUCGAAGCAAGAGGCGUCGAGGCGCUCGAACUCAUGCGUGUCAGCUUGGACGAGGCUUUCGUCGCGGAUCGUGUGGCACGUCGACGAAUUGCCGGCUAUCUCAAUAGGCUUGCUAUCGUCAUCAAGGACUUGACCCGGCUACUCCACGAUGUCCGCAAUGGAUGCGACCCAAAGAUCUUCUACUGGGGCAUCCGUCCGUGGUUCGUCGGCAGCGACACAGUUGACAAAGGUGAGGAAGCAGGCUGGCACUUUGAAGGUGUCGACCCAGAAGGCGUCAAGCGCGUCUUCUCCGGGCCUUCUGCCGGCCAGAGCUCCAUGAUCCAUGCCAUCGAUGUGUUCCUGGACGUCGACCACACCAGGAGAAAGCAGCGCCUCAACCGACCUGCGGCUACCGCCAACGGCGACGCAAGGGGCGCAGACGCCACCUUCAUGGAAAGAAUGUCGCUCUACAUGCCCGGUCAUCAUCGAGCCUUCCUCUCGCACCUGCGCAACAUUUCCUUCGACGACGCCGACGACGACGAGGAAGAGGACCGAGACACGCAUUCUGAGACUGCCGACAGUGACAUAGACAACCAAGACGAGCUUCGGGAGCUACCGCAUCCCAUCCGUAGUCUCGCGCUCAAGGCCAAGCUCGAGGAGCAUGAUGAGGGCCUUCCAGCAGCAUACGACACCGCGCUGCAGGAGCUCAAGGGCUUGCGAGACGAACACAUGAAGGUUGCCUACCUUUACAUUGUGGCUCAGGCGCGCGGAUCGCCUCCUGACGCCUACGCGCCGCUGCCCAAGGGCUUCACAGGGGAGCCUGACGUAGACCGACGUCUGGCUGCAAAGGCGAAAGCGUUUGCUGACGCCGAGGCGGAAGCGCGUGCCAUGCUCGAUACCGAUUCCAAGGACAACGGUGGAGGCGCAAAGGGAACUGGUGGAACGGACCUGGUGACUUUCCUUCGAGACUGCCGCGUCAACACCAUCGACGCCCUGAUCAUGGCCAAGGAUGCAAUCGUCGCUCCAUCUUCAACACUUACGUCAGCCAGCGCCGUCACCGCCGUCGUCGCUACGACCGCCACCGAUGGUACUGAUUCUGCAGCAUCCGCUGUCAACGCAGCCGUCGAAAGCUCAUCAGGUCAGUUCGCCUCCCCUUUCCCUAGCUCCUCCCAGAACCGUGGUAACGACGCUGCCACAGCUGGGUCUUCUCAAAGAACACUCGCUGACAUAUGCGCUGCCGCCGCUUCAUCUCGCUCUGACGGUUCCGACUUGCAGAUCUGGGCCGUUGAUGUCUCUGAUCAGGCUGACAUACUUACGGAAUCGGAUCUGCGCGCACUUGUGCACGACUUGCUACCUGGACAAGCAAAUUUGGCGGAUCGAGAGAAGGUGCUCAAGUACUACCGUCAGGUAGACCGCGUGCGCUCGCUCGUCGCAAGGUUACUACCCCGGUUGCUUCUAGCGACGCGCUUCAAUGUCGCUUGGGAGAGCAUCCGCUUUUGCGCUACGCGCGAAGGUCGUCCUUCAGUAACAGCGCCAACACUACCGGUGCAGUUUGACUUCAACAUCUCGCACGACAGCGACUGGGUUGUCAUGGCUUUCUGUAUAUCUCCCUCCUCCACCGGCGGUGGUGAGGUGAAACGGGUCGGUGCAGAUGUUAUGGCGUUGCAGCUGCCGAGGUACGAGCAGAGCGUGCAUUCGUUCGUCGAGACUAUGGAUAUGGCUCUCACCGCCGACGAGACGCGAUGGGUGCUUGAGCCGGUAUCCUCCGGACGCAACGAAGAGCUAGCUCUCGAGCGACUUUUCAAGCUUUGGACGCACAAGGAAGCGUAUACGAAAAACUUGGGGUUGGGGUUGGGAUUAGACUUUUCCCGCAUCCACUUUGAUUUUGAAGCAGAGAUGAAGAUGACAAUCGAUGGGAAGGUGGAAGAGAAGUACAGGUUCAUAGAUGUACUGCUGCCAAAGACAGGGGCAGGUGUGCAGAGUCAGGUGGUUGUGUGUCAUGGACCGGGAGGUGGUGAGGUGGUGGAGACAAGGCAGCUUGGUGAGGAGGAGGCGAGGGAGAGGGGGUUGUUGCGGGUCAUGACGUUCGCAGAGUUGGUGGGUGCGGUGAGGGAGCUGCUGUAG